AUGGAUUUCGCCAAACUCGAUGACAUUCUCGAACACAUUGCAUCACAGCACAGGCUGCCAGCGCGGGAGGUGUUGGACAGAUGGUUAGAGACGCGACAAGUCCAUGUUCCCAACGGAUGGAGGCUCCUCAAUGGUAUACCUUGCAUCAUUGGAGGCUUGACAGCACUUCUUGGGACACUUGAAGGGCAAGGAAGAAACUUCCCCUGGAAGACACUACCCACUAUUCUAGCCUGUCACGGCUGUAUCCUCCAAAACUACCCAGAAAAUAUCCUCAUGCCCGGUGAGAGAUGUGCCACAGUGGCAAGGAGCAAGGGCAUACACGACCUCUUUGUUCAUGAGCGCUCCGUCCUCGCAGAUGCCCUCAAGAAGGACACACUCACCAUCAAAUCUGUCACCACGCUGGACGCCCGCAAAGAUCUUAUGGCGUCAUGUGUUCCCGUCAUAAUCAGAGAAGCACCUGUAGGAGAUCCUCUGAUCAUUUGUGGGAGGCGCGAGUUUGCUGAUGGACGGAUCGAUAGGCUUGGCUUGGCUUGUCUGGAUGACACCUCACCAUCAAACUCUCAUCCCGUGUCAUCUCGUCAGUGGAGACCCCGUGUUUUCAUAGAGGUAACACUCCCCCCACCCUCCUGGAGGUUGAAUGGAACAAGGGAAUGCUCACCAGUCCUGAGUACCAACGACUCUAGUGAUCUUGUCCUGCAGAUCACCUGCCUUAGCCCGCAUGCUAUGGCCACGAAAGAUGAUGGAACAGUUGAGGACGUCGAGGAUGGAGCGGAAGUUGAUGAACUUUUGGGGUUGCAAGAAACACUUUUCGCAUUCACUGAGAGGCACUUGGGAGUCUUGACACGACGCGACACGAUGUCUGAAUCACAUGACCUUGUUUACCACCUCAAGGAGGUUUCAGGCAAGUUGAUGCCACACUAUUCCUCCUCGUUCUCAUCACCCUCGACGCCUUCACUAUCUGGCUUUAAUCCCACUGACCGCAUCAGGACUACCAUCGUCAAAAUCACAUGGUGUGCGACAGACUUUUGA